CCAUAUAUGUUUUGUGCUUCUCUCCAUCUUUUUCUCAUAUUUUCUACUCAAAUGCUUACCUUUAAAUUCUUCCCCUUCUUAAUUUAAUUAAUUAACUAGGGUUCUUUCUAGUAAUUAUUUUCUACUCUUAAUGUUUAUGAAAAGAAAAGAAAAAAAAAACAAUUUGAUCUUGUGCAAGAUAUAGAGAAAUGGGUGAUUCUUCUUCUCAAUACAUCCACAUGGUGCAACAUUUGAUAGAAGAAUGUAUAAUAUUCAACAUGAGCCAAGAAGAAUGCAUGGAUGCACUCUCCAAACAUGCAAAUAUCCAGCCUAUUAUCACUUCCACAGUGUGGAAGGGAUUGGAGAAAGAAAACAAAGAGUUCUUUGAGGCAUACAACAAAAAAAGGGGAGAAGCAAAAGUAUCAUCAUCAAUACAUGGUGAAUUGGAGAUGACAAGACAAAGAAUCCAUAAUAUAAUGUUGGAUUCUUCUUCUAAUAAAGAUUCCAAUGACAAAUGAUCACAACAAUUAUAUUAUAUUAUUAGUAUUAGCAAAUUUUGCCUUCUUCUCUAUUCUUGUGACAAUGAUGUUUGAUGUGAACUUUCAAAAUUAGCUCAAUGGUUAGUUCAUUCAAAAAGUUCUAGGGGUAAUAAAACAAUAAGAUAGGGUUCAUGAAUGGAAGGUGGUCCUAUAGGUUGUCUUAUUCCUACAUAUAUGAAUAAUUAAAUAAGAA